GAAUUUGGUCAGACAUUCACAUGCUCAGAAAAGAGGACUCUCCGAAGAACACAUCAGGUCACGCUCUAUAGGGCUUCUUGACACGAAAACUGGACCACAGACGAGUCUUGCUGACUCAAACUCCCGCAUGUCUUCACACAGUUUUUCUCUGAAAGCUAUAGCUGUAGCUGCACUGCUAUAUUGUUCUUUUACUCUACAUGAACACGGUGAAGCCACAAGCCUUGUGUAUGUGAGUGUGGAUGUCGUCCCUGUCGCUGGACAUCCCGAGGUUAUCUUGGCGACUUGCAAAACUUCCAGAAUGAAGCCUGCUGCCGAGGUGUCAUGGAAUUUGGGUGAUUUAUCUGAUUCUGUGAAGGUGUCAACCAACACUGUGAAACAUCUAGACGGGACGUUCACAGCCACAAGCAAUCUAAUUGCCACUCCAACUAUACAGAUGAAUCAACAACUUGUCCAAUGUGUGAUCAGACAUGCUGCGAUGAAAGAGAAACUGGAAGUUGAUCACAAGAUCAUUGUGCACUAUCCACCUCAGCUGGUCUUUGUGACACCUUUUAAGAAUCACGCUAAUGCUGAGGUGUAUCAAUGUGAGGCGGAUGCCAAUCCUGCAGCUACACACUUCAGCUGGCACAGCACGCACCAGACUAUCCCUAAUGAUGUCAUUAAGACAGAAGGAAAUAAACUCUACUUCUUGAAACUGACCUCUGAACUCAAUGGCCUGUAUACCUGUGAGGCUUCAAAUGAGUACGGUACAGGAAUCGGCUCACUCUACUGGAAAAAAGGAGAAAAGACAGAAGACUACCAUUCUGAGCUCUGAGUCCUUUAUGCCUGAUUUAAUUUCAUAUUUUCUCUGUGUCAUCAAAGUCCCUUUAGUGAAACUCAGGAAUAAAAUCUGGCAAUAAUUAUGUUUCUUAAAUUAAAAUCACACUAAAAUCUAUAUGAAAUGCCGUUUGAAAUUUUUGAAGGCAGCAUAGUAGCACGUAUCCUUCUCUGCCUCUGAUAUCCCACAAUUCUGUGCGUUCCAUUCCGUUAUGGUUGAGCUAAAAAAAACUAAAGAUGGCAUCUGAAAGUUGCGUUUGGUGGUCAGUUUGUGUGUUUAUUAUUUCUGACUAGCUUAUUGCACUUUUGAUGUUAUUUCUAGCGAGAAAUCAGUAUUAUAGUAAUUAAAUAUUUGUUUGGUUAUCACCAAAACCAAUUCUAUUUUGUUGUAGAUCAUUAAAUUGUUAUGCUGCCUCAGACGCAGAUGUCCAAAAUAGGUUUCACAAGGUGCCUUUGUGCAAAAAUAUUGCCUGCAAAGUCAUUGCCUAAUAAGGCAGUGAGGCAGCAAGUCAGCUGUAGCCUAUGAAUUUCAGAAUGCCUUAGUUUGUGGGUUGUUCAAUUUACUUUUUUGUUUAGUGACCUAUAGUAUAUAUAAUAUCUAAAAACGGUUAUACCUAAAUUAACUGGUUUUAUUAUAAUAAAAUAUAUUAUUUAGGAUCACUGAAACAACUUAAAUACAUUAAUUGAUACCAACAAAACAAAUUUUUAUUUAUUAAAUCGGACAACAAUAACUCUUUAAGGUAACAAUUGCCAGUCAUUUUUUUUUUUCAUAGUGCAGAUACUUCAUUUCAAAUAAUUUAUUUUCUUUGUUUUUGUUUUUACACAAGACAAAUAUCUGAUAGCAAAUUCCAGUCAUUACAUAAUCCCCCGGUUUCACAGACAAGGCUUAAGCCUAGUCCUAGACUAAAACGUAAAUCUGAGCUGUUUCAAUUGAAAGAAACUUGCACUUACUGAUCUUAAAACAUGUCAGUGCCUUUGUUUUGUCUUAAGAUGCACACCAGUAAUGCUUUUUUUCUAAGACAUGUUUAUAAAAAUUACUUAAAUGUCCUAAUUGAACUAUGGCCUAAUCCUGGUUUAGGCUAAGCCCCGUCUAUGAAACCGGGCCAAUAUGUCUACAUACAGUUUGAAACUAACCUUCUCCAGAGCAGGUUAUUGCAUUGUGCAAACAUUAUCAGUAGUAAGUAGCCGCCAGCAAAUGACAAAAUGAUUAAUUGCUUUGACCUUUCGUGACCUCAUAAUAUUAUUAUUAUUAUUAUUAAUAAUAAUAAUAUUAUCCAUAUGUGCCCCUUUGAUCUCAUAACAAGUUUCGGAUGCGGAAAUCGGUCAAGCGUGAAACUCCGGCGUCAUCCGGGAAGAGCUAUGUUAUCCGGUGGUGGAAAAAAACAUAAAUGAGCUGUCAAGUAUUGUUUUGAAGAUAUUAUGCCCCGUUUUGAAUCUUUCUCAUGGAAACAUCUGUGUGGCGAGCGAGUGCCCCUCCCAUCUGCGGUGCGCGUAUCAGGUUGCGUUCUGAGGCGCGCGCUCUCUCUCUCUCUCUCUCUCUCUCUCUCACCGCUAGCGCAAGCAUACCUAAAUGUCUGAAGUUCUUAUAUUUUAAAUUAUUUUACAUCAGUCACCUAUAGUUUCUUAAAGUUUCUUAUUUUAUUCAUCCUCUUCACAAUUGUGCCCCACCGCUCACUGUGUGAUGAAACAUGCAAAGUUGAAUUCCCUUUCAGAAAUUCGAUCCAGAGACCCAUCGUCUGUUUAGACAGAUGCAACCGUGGACAGCGUAAUUUACGGUUUUGUUUUAGGAAGCUUGUUUAAAUAACAGUUCUAGGCGUCUGUUUCUGGUAGCCGCGACAAAAUAAAUAUUUAUAAUUAGACAUGGUCACGAAGAAUUUAGCGGUAAUCUUACACAGGAACAAGCAGUCACAAUUGAUCAAUUUUAUGGGGUGUUACACAUGUCGCUAUCCUCUCUCUCUCUCUCUCUCUCUGUCAAUUUUCAAUUCAAUUCAAUUCAGCUUGUGUUGACUGUGUAACACAAUGUUACCAAAGCAUUGACGUAUGUAUAUAUAACAACAACAACAUAAAUAACAACCUAAAUAACAAUAAAAUACAUCUAAAUAAAUGAAAAGAUAAAGUAAGUCAGUUUCAAGUUAAUCAUGUUUAACAUCUAACAUUGUGAAUGGUCAGUGUUGGGCUAGUUACUCAAAGAAUGUAAUAUAUUACUCAUUACUAGUUACUCCUUUCAAAAGUAAUAUUGUUACUUUACUUAUUACUUUCUGGCAACAGUAAUUAGUCACACUACUAGUUACAUUACAAUUUUCUUCACACCCCACAGAAGCUGUAACUGUGUAUCUUCCACAUAAAAUUCUUCUACAAUGUUACUAACAACAUAUUUCUGCCUCAUCAUUUGACCAAAAUCCACAUCGGAUCGCAGUCAGAAGUUAUUACAAAAACUCAAUAACGAUCGAUAGUGGCAUUCAAGUAGAAGUCUUGUAUUCAUCUCAUUAAUUGUCAUGUAUAGCUUGAAGUAAUUUUUCCGUUACCCAUAUGUGAUUAAAUUUUGUUAUGUAUUUGAUCAAAUCACAUGAGUUUGUAAGAAACUGUUUAAUUUUCCAAAAAUAUUUGUAAUUAUAUUAAUAUAAUGUACCACAUGCUGAUCAGAGGAAUGUAAUGCCAGAGUAAAGUAAAGCCACAACUUACACAACAGAUCUUUUUUUCCUGACAAAAUCAAUAUAAUGCAAUAUUUCUAUCUGCUGAAUGUAAGCUUUUCCAUAUUCCAAGUUUGCCUGCUGCACGGGGGACAUCACAUGCAUGUGCGAGUUGUGAAAAUUAUGAAAAUAAAUCUAGGAAUUAUUUGAUUGUUAGAUUUUAAAUCAGCGGGGUUGAGGCAUCAAAAGUAACUAAGUAACUAAGCUGUUUUAUGGAAAGUAACUGUAAUAUUAUUACUGAAAUCUUAUUAGUAAUUAGUUACACCACUAGUUACUGCAAAAAGUAAUAUUAUUACAGUAACUAAAUUACUAGUAACUAGUUACUGCCCAUCACUGUGAAUGGUUAAUACAUAUUUAGCAGCUAGUGCAGCUGUGUUAUCAUCUUCUCCAAGUAAGAAGGGCAUUUUCUCAGUAUCAUUAAGUUCAGUAAAUGAUGGAAUCAAUGCUUCAAAUCUGGGGAGAAAUGUUUCCCUCACAUUGUGAUAUUUAGGACACACCAGCAGAAAGUGUUUCUCGUUCUCUGUUUGCUGUAGAUCACAGUGUCUACAGAUCCUCUGCUCUCGCUCUGUCCAUGUUUGUCUAUGUCUUCCUCUCUCUAUUUCUAAAUCAUGGUUAGUUCAGCUGUAUUUGGAGAGGAUUUGUCUUUCUGUAAAUGGAUUAAUCAAUAAAUAAUUGGCAAAUUUAGUAGUUCUGUUUAGGGUUGAGUAGCAUUGGAGUUUAUUUUGAAGGUCAAAGUGUAUUUUUAGAGAUUCAUCAUGACUGUCUUUCAGAUUUUUUGCCAAUUUCUUUAAUAAUGGCUUUGGGGUUGUAGCUGUAGUCAGUGAGGAGCCGGGUUUUAUGGACUAGCUGAAGAGCGAGCGUGUUUAGAGGAUGAGAUUCUGCUGAGGUUUCAUUGGCGAGGAGGGAUUUAUAUCGGACUGAAUCAGGAUCAGAUCUAUGGAGGUGAUUCCAGAACUGAACACAUCUCUUCUGGAUCUCAAUCGCAGUAAACUUUUUUAUUUUUAAUUAAAAAAAGUUAUGCUUGUGGGUACAAUCAUUUGGAGUAUUACUACACUCCAUAGACAAAAUCAUUUUUUACUGUACGCCUACCAAAAUUCUGCUACAACCAUUUUUAAUAAAAUAUUGUUUGCAAGCUAUCUUAAUUAUGAGGACUCAAGAAGCUAAAGAGAGACUUAUUUCUAUUUUAAAGAAUAUGGAAAUAUAUAAUUAUAUGACAGCAUGCUACUACCAUGUUACGAAAGCAAAUCAUUCAUCAUUCAUUUUAAUCAAGUAUUCAACAUUUAAGUUUAUUGAACUUAUAAAACACAUCAUAGUAACAAAGCAAUGCAAAUCAUUUAUCAUACAUUUUAAUCAUAUAUUUCAACAAUUACUUAAGUUCACUGAACUUAUAAAACUUUGAUUAUUAUGAAUUAUGACGACUCAAGAAAUUGCAUCAUAAACCACAGUGUUAUAUCAGUGUAGAACCCAUGUCACUAUACAAAUUUGUGUUCUGAUAAAUCAUAUAAACAAGUAAGCGCAUACAUAAACAUUUCAAGAACAUGUGUGUUCAGCCUGCUGGCAUAUUAAUGUAGCCCAGUUUGUGCUGAAUACAGCAUAAUCAGACUUUGGCCAUUAAUAUGUUUUAAGAUACUGAAAAAACACAAACUCCAAAACACCCAGAGAAUUAUAUAUCAUAGUAACAAACAUGUUACUAAAGCAAAUCAUUCAUCAUUUUAAGCGUAUUUAGCAUUUAUUUUAUAUAUUUAUUAAGCUUAUUAACAUUAUAAAACAACAUACUAAAGCAAAUCAUUCAUCAUACAUUUUUAAACACAUAUUCAGCAUUUAUUUAAGUUUAUUGAACUUAUAAAACACAUCAUUCUUGUCUUUUAAAGAUGUCAAUAAAUAAAAUGUG